AUGAAGGGAAAAAGUAAAAUUAGAAAGAAAGAAAAUAACGAGGGAGCCUCUAGCGUUGCUAUUUUGACGAUACUGGAGGAGGUCGUCGAGGAGGAAAGGGGUGGUUAUGGGAAGAGCAAGGGAGCCGGUGACAAGCCCUCGGCGACAAUGGCCCAUGCACACACACACCCAAAAGAGCGGGGGGGGAUCGUUCUUUCUAUCCACCAAACAACUAUUCUAUGGCGAAUGAUGUAUCUAUCCAGAGCAGCGGAGAUGGGAUGCAGCAGCAGAAGCACCAGCGGUGGAGAAGGGAUUGCGGAGGAGGAAGAGUGGCUAUUUUGGGGCUGCGGGAGAGGUUGGGUGUUUGAGGACAACCAGACAGACAACCAGGGCACGGCUGCGUUGUGGGGAGAAGUAGGCCAGAAUGCAAUUGCAACCGGAACAGCACCGCCAGCCGCAGGUACCUAA